AACACAACGUCAGUUUGAGUUGAACAGUGACCGCGAGAGGAACCCUGUAUCAUCGCUCCAUCCUCAUAUUGUCAUUUGUCAUGUUAAAGUCAAGUUUACAGUACAUUGCAAGUGAAGCAACGAUAUUAUGAAUGUCGUAUCUACGGCGCAGUGUUAUGUGAUGUGAUUUUUUUAUUUUAUUUUUUUUGGAAGUGGUGAUCCCGAGGGCGAAAGGCGCCUUUAGCCUCAUGUUCAGGGGCCUGCGUUCGAUCGACAGGUACACUCGCGAACUGUUCCAUUCAGAAACGGAUACUUGUAAGAGACCCUACAGUACUCUAGGGUGUCAACCGGACUCAACCGCGACGUACAACUGGAUUUAUCGCUCUUCGGGGGCGAGUAUGCCUCCCUUGGUCAACUCCCUAGACCUGAUGGGAUCCUCGUCCCCUGAUGGCCAAGUCAAAGCCAAGCUCAAGUGUGUCUUGGUAGGCGACGGGUCGGUAGGCAAGACUUCCUUGGUCGUUUCGUACACCACCAAUGGCUAUCCGACGGAAUACGUCCCCACGGCUUUCGACAACUACAACGUUGUGGUUAACGUCGACCAGCAGCCAAUCAGACUGCAGCUCUGCGAUACAGCUGGACAGGAUGACUUCGACUCCCUGCGGCCCUUGUGCUAUCCACAAACCGAUGUCUUUCUGGUUUGCUUUAGUGUAGUGUCGCCGACCUCAUUUCACAAUGUACGCGAGAAAUGGCUGCCAGAGUUACGGCAACACAACCCACGUGCUCCCAUGGUGCUUGUUGGUACUCAGAGCGAUCUCAGGACAGAUGUUAAGGUCCUUAUAGAAUUGGCUCAAUAUCGAGAGCAACCAGUAUCAGAAGUGGCAGCACGUCGGUUGGCAAAUCAAAUUGGAGCUGUAGCCUAUGUUGAAUCCUCGGCUCUUACUCAACGUAAUCUUAAGGAAGUUUUUGACCAAGCGAUCUUGGCAGCUUUGGAAGCCCGAAAUACCCCUCAGCUCAGCAGGGGUGGUUCUUCUAAAUGGUCAUUUUCCACAAAACAUCGCAAGCUGGGGGGAGAAAGCGGUGCAAGGGAUGGUGCAAAUGAGCCCCUGAACAGUAAUGCAUUAGAUUACACGGAUGAUACCUCCAGGAAACGUGGUUGGCGUAAGCUUUGCUGUUUUUCAUGAUCUUCAUCCCUUUCACAGCCACCACAAUGUUGUGCUUUUGUUGUUGACCUAGUGUCUCAUUCUUUAAUGACUGUAUUGUAUACCUCAACUUUCAUAGUUUAUAUGUUUAUCUCAACAGUGAACAAGCUCUUGCCUACAACUUUGCAUGUUGGAAAAUUUGUGCUUUUGACUUUACAGUGUAUGCAUGAUUUGGGACAGUGAAAUUCACAUCUUGGUGUGUAAAGUGAAAGUGAAAACAAAUAAGAAUUAAUACUGCAGCACCUGCACAAGGAACCUUCAGACUUUAUGGUGUCAGAAGCAGUGGUUUGAAACAAAUGCAUAUGUAUACAAGCAACUGGUGACUUCAGUUCACAGUGGAUGUCUGUGCCUAUCUGUCCAUAUUGUGAUGAGGGAAUAACAAUGGAAAAUAGUAUUGCUAGUUUAUUACUGGCUCAAUUAUAUCCCAAAUGUUGUGAUAGUUAUGUAUAUAGUUAGUGUAAUGAAUUAUAAUAGAUGUAUCAGUAUGCAGCCAAAUGUGUAUAUUCUUGGAGAGCUAAUACAAAUCAUCUUUCAUGUUGGGAAAAAUUUAUUGGCGUUCUCUAGGGUAUAUAAAGUAUCCAGUUUAAACUUGAAUUGCUUAUUUAAUUGACCGAUGUACAUGCAGCAUACUUUGUGCAAUAUUGAGCAUGAAGGCCUAAAGAAGUUUCAUAAUGUAAUUUUUAAAAGGAAAUACCUUUUAACAUGAAGUAAAAUUUUCUGAUAGUGUCUUUGAAAAUAUAGAAUUAUAUAUAUAGAUAAAUCCAACUUUUAAGAAUAGCUUAGAGAUAUAUAGCCUGUUUUGUGCCUAAUAUAUCAACAAUUUAUCAUAUCACAUGGUAGAUAGAUCACCUAAUCUGGGGAUUCUCAUUUCAUUAAUGCUUCACCUGAUGUUGAUAUUUUUGACAUCCAGAAAUACUUGGGCAUGGUCACUUCAAUGUACGUAUGUCAAAAUUAAUCUUGGACCCUGUUGAAUUGCUUGAAUCUGUGGAAAAUGGGAAUGUUUGUGCUGUUACUUAUAGCACUUCAGGUGGGGUACUUGAACUACAGUACUGUAAUUUUAUGGUGAGUAUAAUUAUGAUAAAUAAUAAGGCAGGUUUAUCUGAUUUGCUGGUUGAGCUUGUUACUAGCCUUUUACAGUGGCUCCUUCUGUCAUACAAGUAGCCUUAAACGAAGUGAGUAUUUUUAUGCUAUUGGAGGAUUGAAUGUAUAUCAAUGUUAUUUUUCUCAUAUAAAUUCAGGUUAACUAUCCAUUGUUAAUAUAUUUGCCAGCUGUCUGGAACUAUACCAGGAUUCAUGGCAAUGUGAUAUUUGAAAAUCAGGAUAGAGUUUCAAACAGCAAUUCAUGACUAUAUAAUGUAAUGUGUUUUCUUAGUCAAAACUAAAAGGGAUAAUAUAUUUGUGAAAACGUAUACAGAAAAUACUGAAAAAAAUAUAUCUGACUGCUUGAGAAGAGCAUCUACAUACCUAGUAUCAGUUUUGGAAAUUUUAAAAAUUGUUAAUGCUCCUUUGACUUUGUGGUAUUAACGCGACAUAUGCAGUAGUAGUUGCAGAUCUUUUUAUGAACUGUACAUUUUUUUAAUAAAAUUCAUGCUAAAAGUUAAAUAUCGUGCACUGUAAUGUGUUGCCACACUAAGUAAAAACUAUUUUAAAGAAAAAUUGUGAAUUAUAGCUAUUAGCAGCAAAAUUAAAAAUACCUUUCAAGAAAGUAGGGAUCCUGUCUAUUGCUGAGGUAGGUCUUGAUGUUUAAACUUAAGGAUUUAAUUGUAAAAUGAAGUUUAGUUAAAAAAAAUCAUUUGAGCUUUUACAAGCCUUGUGGUAAACAUAUUUUUUCCUUAAACCUCAAUUACAGAAAAGUGUAACUGAUAUCAAUUGCAAAAUUAAUCAUUUCACUUAAAAACUAAAACUUAAGUUGUUUAUUGUCACUUGUUAUUUGUAGUUCAUGUAUAUUGUUCUGUCAACUGAAGAAGUACAGUAAUUAUAUUCCCUUAUUUUUUCUGCUUCUCACCACAGUAGUAUGUAUGUUCUGUAUUGGUAACUUUCACACUGACCAAAAUACACAUUCCAACAUAAUAUAUAUUCCUAGAGGUAAUGCCUCAUGGAUUCAUGAAUUAUAAAUGGCAAACAUCUGUAAUUUUUAAUGAAUUUUCCACAGUUUACACUUUCAUGGUCAAGACUUUUCUGUAAAAGGCAUAUUUUGUUAUGAUGUACUGUAAAGUAUAUAGUACAAGAACAAUCAUUUGGGGAGUUCAGUUUAUUAAUAACAACUUGCCAGUUUUUUUUUUAACAAAACAUUUCUUAGUUUUGAUUUCAAUGUUACUAGUUCAGAUAAUUUUCCCUUAACUUUAAAUACUUGAUGUAAUGUAAUACCAAUAGCAUAGUAUAGCAAAUGCAUAGGUAACCCCUUCUAUUUAAAUUUUGUCUUAAAGGGGGUUAAUGAGUAUGGCACGAAAAUAUCUUGAAAAUAUGAUUUUAUAUUGCAGUGUUCUGUGCAUUGAUGCAUUUGUUACUAAUGAAGGAAUAAUUUGUAUUUGUUUAUGCGCAUGUUGUGUUAUGGCACUUUUAAGCAAUUUUAUAUGGGACUCAAAUGAUAAUUUGUCAUUUCAUCCCAAAAGGAAGGCCUUAGAGCAUAUAGUGGUAAGAAGAUUGUUAUAGUUCACACAAAUAGUACAGGAUUUCAUUACAAGUAUUAUUUGCACAAGUGCCAGUCAGAAGCAAUAAUUUCUUUUGUUGUGUGUCCUAUUGUCUUCAAAGCACAUAAAACUUGUCUGUGAUGUAAUGAUACCCGUUAUGCUCUGUAUCAGUCUGCUAAAAUUUAGUAAAUACUGAUGUUUCACUUA